UUCCGCCACCCCUAGCGAGGUGGACCUUGCGUGGGUGAGGUGGGGGUCACGCUGGGUGCUAUUGUUUCUCUUCCGGUGCUGUAUGCUCUCUUCGAGAAGGCAUUAGGACCGUUGCGUCCAGUAGUGACAGCCUUUUCCUGCAAACCAGCCCUUCCAAUUUCUAGUCUGGUAAAAUUGUACCAUACGGUGGCCGAGGAGGUUUAAGCGCGCCGGAAGUAUUGCUCCGCGCGCGCGCCCAGCUGAGCUAGAGACGCACGUGGCGCGGCCGGAGAGAGCAUGUCUUUCCGAGGCGGAGGUCGCGGAGGCUUUAAUCGUGGUGGUGGAGGUGGAGGCUUCAACCGUGGCGGCGGCAGCAACAACCACUUCCGAGGGGGCGGCGGCGGCGGCGGCGGCGGCAAUUUCAGGGGCGGCGGCCGAGGAGGAUUUGGACGAGGGGGCGGUCGUGGAGGCUUUAAUAAAUUCCAAGAUCAAGGGCCUCCAGAACGAGUCGUCUUAUUAGGAGAGUUCAUGCAUCCCUGUGAAGAUGACAUCGUUUGUAAAUGUACCACAGAAGAAAACAAGGUGCCUUACUUCAAUGCUCCUGUUUAUUUAGAAAACAAAGAACAAAUCGGGAAAGUGGAUGAGAUAUUUGGACAACUUAGAGAUUUUUAUUUUUCAGUUAAAUUGUCAGAAAACAUGAAGGCAUCUUCUUUUAAAAAGCUACAGAAGUUUUACAUAGACCCAUAUAAGCUGCUGCCACUGCAGAGGUUUCUGCCUCGACCUCCUGGUGAGAAAGGACCUCCCAGAGGUGGUGGCGGUGGCGGUGGCGGUGGCAGGGGAGGUCGAGGAGGAGGAGGAAGAGGAGGCGGUGGCCGAGGUGGUGGAAGAGGUGGUAAGUUAUUGUGGGGGAUUUUAAUGAGAUUUUUGUCGCCACAGUUGAUUUUGCAUGUAACCAAAAUCCCUUUUCUUUAUUUUUCUCUCAUAUACCAGUAUGGAUAGAAAUGCUUUGUUUCCACAACUUAAUAGAAGGAAAAAAGUUAGCUUUACUUUUGAAGGAUUUCAGACCCUUAGGUUAUUCGUAUUUUAAUGAAGAUUUUAAUAAGAGUGCCCUCACCCACUGCUUAAUGACAGACACAUUCUGAGAAGUGCAGCCUUGGGUGCUUUUGUUGUGUACAUUACACACACCCUCAGGGAGAGCAGCCUCACUGCCCUGGCCUCUUGGUGCAGUAGAGCAGUAAGGUGGAGGCUAGUCUGGGAAGAGGGGCAGGCUGCUCUGUGUAUGCUUCUUUUGAUGGGGAUGCAUUGUAAAGUCACAGAAUAAAGGGAACGGAAGUAAAUACACACACUAGAAACCGUUGUUUUUAACCCUGGCUGGGCAUUGUGCGCUGCACAUAACUGCAUGUGCUGCACUUUUAUAGGACUAGGCUUCUAGCUCUUCCGGUUGUGUGUGCAGUGGUCUCCUUGUGCAUGCUGUGACACAAGCAAACACACAUGGAAAGUCAAUGUGAAAAACUGAAAGGGGGCUGAUCUUGAGUUUACCUUACUGCCCCACUGGGGAAAUUGCCAAUUCUCUAUUUUUAUCCUUUAAAAGGUUUUGUAAAGUAUAAUAGAUAAAUUUAUAUUUGGUUUUUAUGAUUGUAGGAAUUGUACAAUCUUUACAGUUUAUCAGAAAAAGAGAGGCUAUAAUAAUUUAAUAACUAUUUCCUUUUUAAGGUGGUUUUAGAGGUGGAA